CAAUGACGACAAGUGUACCAACUGUUUUGUUUGAAAGUGGAGAUGGGGCAGACACCCAGCAUUCUUCCUCACAAAAUUCUUCUAUCACUGGCACCUGCAAUAUUGAUGAAUCCUACAAGUAUAUCUUCCUCCCCAUUUGCUACUCCUUUACCUUUGUCUUCAGCAUCAGCCUUAAUUCUGUGGUUCUAUACCGUUCCUUUCGAGACACAAGACGUUGGAAUGCGUCCCUGAUCUACAUGGUGAACUUGGCCACAACAGACUUCAUGUAUGGUUUAUCCCUGCCCUUCCUGGUGGCCAGUUAUGUCAUGCAUGAUGAUUGGAUGUUUGGAGACUUCAUGUGCCGCCUGGUGCGCUUCUUAUUCUACUUCAACCUCUACUGCAGCAUCUUCUUCCUCACUUGUAUCUCAGUGCAUCGCUACUUGGGCAUCUGUCAUCCAAUGAAGACCAUUACCUUGAAGACAAAACGAGCAGUGAAGGGGACUUGUGUUUUGGUAUGGAUUGCUGUUUUUGCACUAACAUGUCCAAUUUUCCGUUUUGCACAGACACAGUAUCUUCCACGUGGAGGGCAUCAAGGGAUUUUGGGGGAAGUUGUGAAUGCUAAAGGCACAAAUCCAAGGGAGGAGGUGUUCAAUAAUUGCUGGGACGAUGCAAUUGAUAGGGAGUUCCAUGAUUACAUUCCUUAUGGGAUCACACUUCAUUUCUUGGGAUUUUUUGUGCCAUUUAGCAUCAUUGCCUGGUGCUACUCACGUGUAGUGUUAACAAUAUUUCGUACACUGAACUCUCAACCCCAUCCUCAAGGAGUCAGAAGUAGGACAGGCCGUGAAAGUGUAGGAGGUAUAGCAGGAGAGGGCAUGUCUAUCAUCUUGGGGGCACAUUCACCUUACGUGAACAGGCGUCGCAAGUCCAUCAAAACCAUAAUCACCAUCACGCUGCUCUUUGCCCUUUGCUUCUUCCCCUUCCAUGUCACUCGCACCAUUUUCCUGUUGCUGAAAGUGACAAGUGAGGUGCAAUGCCAUACAAUGCGCAUGGUCUCCAUUUGUUAUAAAAUUACUCGGCCUCUGGCCUCCUUCAAUGCCUGGCUAAAUGCGCUGCUGUAUUUCCUUACGAAAGAGAAAAAUGGGCCCUGCUGUCAAAAACCUGAGCAUGCCCAGCCUGGCCUCCUAUGGCCACUUAGAAUGCUGGGAAAAGGAGAGGAAGAGGAAAAUGAAGCUGAGGAUGCAGGGAACCACAAGGCCAAUGGGCCAAAGGUUGAAAACAAUACAUACAGAGGUCUACCUUAAUGAAUGACCAUGUAAGGAUGAAAAAUAUCUUGAGAGAUCAUACAGAACAUGAAAGAGUGAGCCUGAUUGAACUGCCUUUAGUGUGUUAUUUACUUGAAAUGAAUGCCACAUUUUGUUAUAUCCAAUAUAUUUGUAUAAUUCUGUGUUUUAACAUACAAGUAGGAUCAUCUUUUAGUUGUUUUGUCUUUUCAAUACCCCCUACAGAUAUUGAAUGUUUUAUAAUUACUCAGGGUAAUUGCUUAGAGGGUUGAAAAUGACUGAUUAGCUUAUUUUAGUGCAUAUUAAUAGCACAAUUACACAUACUGUAGAAUAUCAAACCUAUGUGUUUCAUUUUUGCAGUUGUUGACAUACAUUAGAGAGGACACAUUUUAUGCAGGAAUUACAUUCAGCACCGUCAUGAGUUAAUAUAUCUAAGCUGUGAAUUAUUAAACUGUUCUAAUAAACAUUUUCUGA